AUGCAGUUGGCGCUCCCCAAUGACGUACUUCUGCUAAUAGGAGAGCAGCUGGAACGGAAGACAGAUCGCUGGAACCUCAUUCUUGUCUCUCAUCAAUUUCAUGAUCUGUUCCUUUCGCUGGUUUAUCGAAAGGUGUCUCUUCACGACUGGCAAGAUGCCGAUUCGUUUUUGCAUGCUAUCCUGAAACGACCAGCACUGGCGCGUACUGUUCGGGAGCUAGACGUAACUGAAUGGCGGGCAAAAGGUUUAUCGGAUAAUGACUGCCGGUAUAUCCAAACGUCACCGGCCCUGGUCAAAUGGUUGGAUUCGGUGGCACAUUCAAAGCCUGAGAGCAAUCGAUGGAGUGGAGAUCUAAAACACGGCCUGGUUGAUGCCUGGGUUGCUCUCAUUCUCCCACUACUGAGUCAACUUAGAAAGCUUCAACUUGCUUAUGGGACAAGCUCCCCUUAUUUAGAACGGAUUAUGGAACGGGUCGUGAACUGUGAAAAGCCAUUUUCCAUCCAACCAGCUUUCCGGUAUCUACGAAAUGUUUCAUUGUAUCACCGAGAGGACCUCGAUCACAGCGAGAACCGAGAGAACGUGGAAGAUGGAGCCAAGUCCUCUUCAACACUCCUCUUACCAUUCUUCCAAUUGCCGUCCGUCCGUUCGAUCACAGCCAACUCUGUGGUGGAUUUCAACUCCACCGCCAUUACUACAACGUCAGAGGGGACGGAGGAAGAUAAAGAUCAAUACCUUGGCUUCUCCUCCAUCACCGAAAUUGAUCUGCAUGCAAGUAGUGGCAACCACGGCAUGGAGAUGCUGGUGGCCUCAUGUGCAGAUCUGAAGUCAUUCAAAUACCAGCACUCAGAUUCGAACGUUCUGUCGCAUGGCUACCAACCAUCAGCCUUCUAUCGCUCUCUGUGCCACAGCAAACACAGUCUCCAAACAUUGUGGCUGGACCACUAUGGUAGCCACCACCCAUUCACCGCUGCUGGCUUGAAUCAAACCCACGAUGAGUGGUUUGGCUCCCUGAUAGAUUUCACUGCGUUGCGAGAACUGCGCAUACGACUGCCAAAUCUUCUGGACAUUCGAUACCAAAAUGAACCGACUACUCCUCUCACAGAAUGUCUUCCGUCAUCCCUUGAGACUCUCUAUAUCGAGGGGUGUGAGGCGCGACAUCUGGGCAUGUUGGUCUCCCAAUUACAGACCGUCAUCAAGAAUCGUCGCGUGCGUUUCCCUAAACUUGAGCGUAUAGAUAUUGAAGGUGCAUUCCGGAACGCGACCUCGGAUGAUGAUGAUGAUCUCAGUGCCAGCUCUGGAUCUGAAAUUCACGAAGCAGGGAUCAAAGAUAAGGUCUACCAGGUAGCGGAGCCUUUGCACAUGGACUGUCUCCAUGCUGGGAUGGGAUUGCAUCUUCACGACCGUGCGCUUUCACGGAUUUGA